GAAGCGUUUGGAGCGGGCGCAAUGGAGGAAGAGCUGAAAUGUCCGGUGUGCGGCUCCCUGUUCAAAGAGCCGGUCCUGAUGCCGUGCUCCCACAACGUGUGCCUGGCGUGCGCGCGCAGCAUCAGCGUGCACACGCCGGACGGGGAGCCCGCCGCGGCCGUGCAGCAGAGCCGCGCGUCGGCGGCCGGCUCGGACUGCGACUACCUGGACGUGGACAAGAUGAGCCUGUACAGCGAGACGGACAGCGGCUACGGCUCGUUCACGCCGUGCCAGCUCAAGUCGCCCAACGGGGCGCGGGUGUUCCCCGCCCCGCAGCGGCUGUGCUCGCUCACCUGCCCGCUGUGCCACCGCAGCGUCUCCCUGGAUGAGCGAGGGCUGCGCGGCUUGCCUCGCAACCGGCUCCUGGAGGCCAUCGUGGCGCGGUACCGGCAGAACCGCGCCGCCGCCAACUCCAGCUCCGGGGCGGCCAAGUGUCAGCUGUGUGACCGCAACCCGGCGGACGCGGCGGUCAUGUGCGAGCAAUGCGACGUGUUUUACUGCAACGCCUGCCAGCAAAGGUGCCACCCGUCCCGCGGCCCGCUCGCCAAGCACCGCCUGGUCCCGCCGCCCAAGCAGCGGCCGGGACAGCCGCCGGCCACCGCGCGGAAGCCGGCGACGUGCGCGGACCACGAAGCGGAGAACUUCGUCAUGUACUGCUGCGACUGCAGGGCGCCCGUGUGCGCCAAGUGCGCCGACGAGGGACGGCACGCCAAACACGACGUCAAGCCCAUCGCCCUCAUGUGGAAGCAGCACAAGUGUCAACUCUCGCAGGCCCUCAACGGCGUCUCGGACAAAGCCAAAGACGCAAAAGAGUUCCUAGUCCAACUCAAGAACAUGCUGCAGCAGAUCCAGGAGAACGGCGUGGACUUCGAGGCGUGCCUGGUGGCUCAGUGCGACUCGCUCAUCGAGGCGCUGACUCGACAGAAAGCCAAACUCCUCACAAAAGUCACCAAGGAGAAGGAAUACAAGCUGAAGGUGGCGCGUGACCAGAUCACCCACUGCACCGUGAAGCUGCGGCAGACCACGGGCAUGAUGGAGUACUGCCUGGAGGUGCUCAAGGAGAACGACCCCAGUGGCUUCCUCCAGAUCUCGGACGCCCUGAUCAAGCGCGUGGCGUCGUCUCAGGAUCAGUGGGUCAAAGGCAACCUGGAGGCCAAGGUGGGCCCCGACUUUCAGCUGACGCUCAACACGGACGCUCUGCUGCAGACCAUCCUGCACCUGGAUUUCUGCCAGGGCAAAGACGUGCAGGAAGGUUCCAUAAUGAAACAAAUGCAGCAGGCAGCAGGCAGCGCUGAAGCUGACACCGACACACAAACUCCAGGAGUGGAGUCGGGACCCUCGGUGCCGCCGGCUCCCCUCCUGCAGCUGGAGAAGUGCUGCAGCGGCAACAACAGCGCCACCCUGGCUUGGAGGGUCACGGCGCCCCAAGCGGCGCCCAUCGAGGGAUACAUACUGGAGCUGGACGACGGCAACGGCGGACAGUACAGGGAGGUGUAUGUGGGGAAGGAGACGGUGUGCACGGUGGACGGCCUCCACUUCAACAGCUCGUACAACACCAGAGUGAAGGCCUACAACGCCGUGGGCGUGGGGCCCUACAGCAAGACCGUGGUGCUCAAGACCUCCGACGUGGCCUGUUUCGCCUUUGACCCCACUUCGGCUCACCGGGACAUCGUCCUGACCAACGACAAUCAGACGGUGUCGUGUAACAGCUACGACGACCGCGUGGUGCUCGGCACCGCCGCCUUCUCCAAGGGCCUCCACUACUGGGAAGUCUACGUCGAUCGCUACGACAACCACCCGGACCCAGCGUUUGGCAUCGCCCGGAUCAACACGGUGAAGGACAUGAUGCUGGGCAAGGACGACAAAGCCUGGGCCAUGUAUGUGGACAACAACCGCUCCUGGUUCAUGCACAACAACUCGCACACCAACAGGGCAGAGGGGGGCAUCACGAAGGGCUCGACAGUGGGAGUCCUCCUGGAUCUGACCAAGCGCACUCUGACCUUCUUCAUCAACAAGGAACAACACGGACCGACCGCCUUCGAGAACCUGGACGGCGUCUUCAUGCCGGCCGUCAGCCUCAACAGAAACGUCCAGGUGACCCUACUGACGGGCCUGGAGGUUCCAAGGGUCCUCAAACAGUAGACGACGCCUCCCCUGGGGGCCUGAUACAAACAAGCCGACGAUGUCAACAACCUGGACUUCUGAAGGUUCCUCAGCGUCUCUGCUCCGUCAUUUGUAACAGAUUAUUCUAGAUUUAACUUCAAGUCUGUGCUCCGUCAGCUGCAGCUCGACACUAACAGUCCCUAGUACCAGUCGGAAGGCCGAUAAACGCAGCCGCACCCACAAAUAUGCAGAGUCUCAAGGGCUACGAUUUGUCAUUGCGCAUCAAGAUCCAACAACACUUUGCCUUAAGGAGGCAAACAUACGAGGAAGACAUUUUAGGGUGACGGCGCACAGGCGUUCGUUGGAGUUCAAACGGCAACUGAGGUUGUUACCGCCCUAAAAUAUUUACGAGUUCAACUUCAGCAGCAGCUGUGCGGUCACUCGAGAUUCAGUGAGGAAAAAUGUCUUCAUGGGCCGCAAGAAGGCAGUUUUGCCUAAUUCCGUUUCAGUUUUCCACCACGUGACAGAAAAAUACAAUACCUAAUCCCUAAAGUACUGAGUACGUUUGACCCUUUUAGGCCACUGUAUUUCUUGUUUGUUUUCAGCAAAGCAGAAAUGAGCCAAACUAUCUGAGAAGAAAACAGGAAAUUACCAGUUUUUGGACCUCUUAGCUCGUCUUGGCGACGAAAAACAGGGACGCUAAAAGAACAUUUGCAGUUUUCUAUCAAAAGACGAUGAAUUAGAGCAUAAAAGAGGCUUUACAUGCUUACGCUGACUACUCGCCACAACCCAAAGAAAAUCUGUGCAAAACAACAGCGGCUUGCGAGUCUCCGCGUCGGCGAGAUGAAACAUGGCCGAGCGUCUUUCUCCCUCAAACAGCAUCAGUGAUGCGUUUGCAGUGGUGGGUGAAGCAGGCGUAUUUGAAAAUCUCAAGAUAAAACGUGAAUAUUUUAUACGCAAGGUUAGGCAUGAGGCUUUUUUUUGUUGUUGUUGUCACCUCAUGGUACUUUUAUCGCGUGCUCCCUGCAGUGUUGCCUUGAAAUCAAUGAAAAGUGGCUUUUCGCUGCUGCAAAAGAACACUGUGACAUGGAAGACAACACCGAGACACUUUGAAUAACCCGAACCAAAUUUUAUUUUCAGUUAACCUGAUAGCUCACAUGAGAGUGUGUAAAACCUCACAUGUAAUCGCAGUGCGGAAAUGAUUGGAGGCGUUACGAUGCGUUGACCGGCGGGCCUGUGUGUUUGGGGACAGUGUAAAUAACAACAAACAUGCUAAUAAUACAAAUGAGACGCAUGGUGAGCAUCAGGCAAGUUUACAAAGUAUUGUCCUGUAUCUCAAGCUGCGUUGUAAAUCGCCUCUUGCAUUACGAUUUAUGUUUAUUCUUUACUGCCAACUGCUGUGAAAGCGCGCCCUCGGCUGUCUGGAGGAGGGAUUACAGCCACUCCGCCCUCCAGCCAGGCUUGUUGAAAUGCGCUUGCUGAUCAAAAGCCAUUACAUUUCACCUUAAAUAUACUGUACAGAUAUAUAAAAUGGGUUGCUUAUUUUUCAACUACAUACAAUUGAUUCUAGUCAAUGCUAUGAGAGGCAAAAGCUAUGCCAUCAUUUUUUUUAACAUGAAUAAUGUGAAAUGUAGAUGUUAUUUUGAAUGAAGUAUAAAUUUCGAGGCUGCUGUCAGCCGAGCUCGACUCACAACAAGCCUAACAUCUUCAAAUAUUGCCAAACGUAUUGGCUCAGCUGCUUUGACUCACAUCGGACUUGAUGUGACAUCCCAUUCUGGGUUUCAUAUAUUGUCGGUCCACUCUUUGCAACGUUAGCAACUUCAACUCUCCACAAGGUUUAGGAGUGGCUUUAUGGGAUUUAUUAAUGCUUUUAAACCAUACUUCCAAAAGCAUCUCCUUCUCCGCUCGAAUUCAUCCAAAGGUGUUCUGGGGUGAGGUCAGGACUCCGUCCACGCGAAACUUUCGUAUCCAAGUCUUGCUUUGUGCACUGGUGCCUAGUCAAUCAUGUCAGAACAGGAAGAGGCCAUCGCCAUUCGCAGAAGAUUUGAAGAUGUUACAGCUGCAAAAAGGUGGACUGACAUCAUAUGAAACCCUGUGGAUUAAGAGUAUGAUCCCACUCAAGUUCAUAUGCGAACCAAGGCACACGAGAGAAUACUUUUGCCAACAUAUUGUAUAUAUUAUAUGGACAAAUGUAUCGAGACACGCCUCUUAAUCAAUUAUUUCCUCAUUUAGGGGUAGGCCUAGCUCUUACUUCUUCAUCUUAUCAUGACAUUUUCAACUCUUAUAUGCAUCCAACCUCGUGGGAAGAGUUUUGGAAGGUGUCCUUUUUAUUUCCAGGUCCAUAAAGGCACGUUUGGAUGGCUUUGGUGUGUAGUAACACCACAUCCAAGCCAGAACUUCUUCUCAGGUCUAACAUCAUUGACCCCCCCGACCACUUUCGUGAAAGGGCUUCCCGCGGGAUCCGAAUUUUAAGAACAAAAGCCCAAGGCCGUAAUCUGCAAACUUCAAAAGGUUGCUCAUUGUGUUGACUGCUGUGUGUGUGUGCGUGUUGUCGUGUAAUUGUGCGACACCGUGUCAUUUUACCUCACACUCGCCCACCCAUGAAUGUCUUAAACUUUACAAUUUAUUUAUUUAAAGGUACAGUGCUGAGUGUGGGGGGGGACGUGCAUGCCCUGAUAUUUGAAAUGAUUUAUUGUCCAAAUAUGUGAAUAUUUUUUGGUCUACGACACCCUCCUCUUCAGUUUGUUCCGUGUCAAAGUUGCUGCCGUUUCUAUUUCAAAGUGAAAAAUCCGAAGCGCUCAAUUAGCAUUUACUUCCUGCUCCCGUUUAUUCUUUAAACUUCAUGCCCCUCCUUUUGCCAAGCUGUGAAUGUUUUGUAUGACUAAACUGUUUGUAUAUGAGCGUAGGAAUAAGACAACUACACGGACAAACAAUUAUUUAUUUUGGGUUGUUUAUGAAAAGAGAAAUAAAUGACCUGCGAUGAAAUCAAGACAAAGGAAGAGUCCAGUGUGGUGCAUUCACGUCCAAGGUAGAGGUGGAAAGUUAGCAAGCCGCCAGGGGAUGCCGAUUCUUCCGCAGUCUUGUUUAUGUCCACCUUUGUUUGUUUGCGACACUUGUAUCCUCCAUUUGCAGUAAAGACGCGUGUCCGCUAGUUUCCUCAUCGUUCACAUUGUCCAUCCGAAUAAAGCAAGUCAUUGGCCCAUGAACAUUUUGCCGCGUAGGGGGGAAUUCAACUGUUCCAGAUCCAUCAUAAAACCUUUAUUAACUCUUGUUCUCAGUGACAUUUUCACCAUUCCCAAAUGUCACACUCGUGGAAAGAGAAGUUCACCGCCGGAUAAUAAAUGACGCACCCAUUGGCGACGCGUCAGGGCAGAGGGAACAAAAAGAACCUGAUGCAUAUUACAUACUGUAAUGAGCAGAAGUCUCGUGAGAUUUGUUGAUGUCACGCACCAUGAUUUCAACACUGGUUUUGCGUUUGCAUCUUUUCUAAAUCCAUAAAUGUAACUAAUCUGACUUUCGAGGGUUCCGUUGCAGUUCUGAUGACUUGUAGUUCGUGUGUAUU